UUAGCUUAUGUGACGUAUCGAGAUACUCGAAAAAUUAGUGGCCUUAAAGACCAAACUGUUAUAGUUGUGAAAGCUCCUCCAGAAACAAGACUUGAAGUGCCUGACCCAGUGGAGCGUGCAUUGAUACGUUUCUCUAGUACUCAAGGACCUAUUGAAGUUUACCUGUGCCCAGAGGAAAACGAUGCCCUCAGUCCAAUGAAAGCCUAUAGUCAGGACCACAACGGAAAUAUUUCCAAAACCAUUUCCAAAGAAGCGGCUUCUGCUAACUCAGGACAAGGUGACUGCUCAGUAAAUAGGGCAACAAUCUCUCCGUUGGCUUCUCCAGCCAACCUUCUCCAGCAGACCGAGGACCAAAUUCCCCCAAACUUUGAAGGACCCUUUGUGAAUUUGCUGCCUCCUCUGCUUCAGGAAGAUUAUUUGCUGAGCCUUGGGGAUGAAGAAGGCAUCAGUGACCUCUUUGAUGCUUACGAUUUAGAGAAGCUUCCUUCAUUGGUGGAUGAAUUUCUAACAGCUGAUUGUCUUAAACGCUGUCCGUAUCUAAAUCGUGGUUUUAACGGAAUGAACAAACCUGCCAUCAUUCCGAGUUGUCCCCUACUUACUGUCAAAUAGCAUUAUUAAAUAAACUAGGCUCUCGAACAGUGCUGAUCUUUUAAUUAAGUACUCCCUGAAAUACUAUAAAGAACAAGGGAAGGCUUUUACAGCAAGGCCUUCUCCUUGCCCCUGAGCUCCAGUGCCUUGUGAGUCAGCAAGCGCAAGCAGGCGACCGUAAAUGUUUUGUCUUCACACUCCCCCAGUCUCUGCUUCCCCUGACAAGGGGGCUUACGGAGGAGGGCUCAAUGAACUGGUUUAGUCCUAAAUAACAAUUUUAUAAUAGUAUUUCAGGCCGUGCCUUCUGCAGAGAAUGCAUGUCU